AUGCAGAUUUCGACAUUUUCCAACAAGCGCUAUUUUGUGACGUUCAUCGACGACAAGUCGCGGUUUUGUACUGUGUACCUAAUUCACAGCAAGUCUGAAGUGUUAGACAAAUUCAUGCAGUUCACCAAGUUUUCCAAGACUCAUACCGGUCGUCGCAUCAAGAUGCUCCGCAGUGAUAACGGUGGAGAACAUGUGUCCAACAAGUUCGCCGCGUUCUGUCGCAACAAAGGCAUCAUACAGCAAUUUACGCCGCCGUACACCCCACAGCUUAACGGAGUGACGGAGAGAAUGAACAGGACUCUAAUCGAGAGUGCUAGAUGCAUGAUUGAGCAUGCGGGACUAAGCAAGCGCUACUGGGGCGAAGCAGUGUCAACGGCAGCGUUACUACGCAAUCGAUGUCCAACGCAAGCAAUUGGCCAUAAAAAGUCCCCGCACGAGGUAUGGACGAAGACGAAGCCGUUGUUGAAAACCCUGAAAGUCUUUGGAUGUCACGCAUAUGUGCAUGUGCCGAAAGAGAAGAGGUCGAAGCUUGAUGCGCUAUCGACGUUGUGUCGCUUCUUGGGCUACUCAGACCACGAAAAUGUGUACCGGGUUAAAGAGAUAACAAGCAGUCGCAUUUUAGUGAGUCGCGACGCCCAAUUCAUGGGAGACAUGUUCGACAGCGGGAAGUACAUGCAACAAAGUAGCAUCGACCCUAUCGAGUAUCAUAACACUGAUGAAGGCUUCAACGACCGUGACAACGGGGUUGCCAAUGAAGACAUGGAUGCGCAUAUGCCCGAAUCAGCAUCGAUCCAUGAGCGGCCACAAUGGCAACAAAUGCGGCGUUCAAGUCAUCAACCGCAGUAUAUGCAGCAGCAGACAGACGAGUUUCUACCGGGGUCGAAAAGACAUGUACGCACACAGUCACUAAAAGCUUUGUCAGAGCCACCGUGGAAAAACGCGAUGGACGCGGGGCUAGUACAAGUGAUGUGCACACAUCGUUAG